AUGUCUACCCAUUCAACAGUACCACGGAAGCUUUGGGAACACCCUGAUCCCGAAUCAACUCAAAUGGCAGCUUUUAAGCGAAGUCUCGAAGAAGCAAAAGGCGUAACUUUGCCAAACUACCACGCAAUGUACCAAUGGUCUAUCCAGAACCGGAUUGCUUUCUGGGACUUUUGCUGGAAGUACUUCCCCAUUAUCCACGAAGGAACCUAUGAUCGAGUCACGGAUGAAAAUGCUCGAAUUGACAGUAUACCUGACUGGUUUCCUGGAGUCCGUCUCAAUUAUGCCGAGAAUUUGCUGUUCACGGCGGCUACUCCUGGCGAGGUACCGUCAACUGUGACGACAAUUGGGAAAGAAGAUAAUAAGCUUGCCGUGACCGAGGUUCGAGAAGGGGAUCAUGAACCAACUGUGAAUUUGACAUGGCGAGAGCUACGGCAACGCACUGGUCGAUUGUCACAAGCGAUGAAAGCUGCCGGCCUUCAAAAAGGGGAUCGCGUUGCAGUCGUUGCUAGUAAUAGCAUUGAUACCUUGACGGUGCUUCUAGCAACAACUGCGCUCGGGGCUAUAUUCUCAUCAGCGUCCACAGAUACCGGGGUCAAGGGUAUUCUGGAUCGUAUCCGGCAGAUUCAGCCACGAUGGGUAUUUAUGGACGAUUUUGCAGUAUAUAACGGAAAGACCGUCGAUCUUCGCCCCAAGAUUUCCCAGGUCGUUGAGGGCAUGGCCGUGAUCAAGGAGUUCCAGGGUAUUAUUUCUGUGCCUAGAUUCAGAGACCGACCGGCUGAUAUCUCGCACAUUCCACGAACUCGCACCCUCACAGACUUCCUCGCAGGAGCUUCUUCCGAUCAUUUGGAAUUUGUCCGUGUUCGGUUCAGAGAUCCUUUCCUGAUCGCAUUUUCAUCCGGCACGACUGGAGAGCCUAAAUGCAUUGUUCACUCCGUGGGAGGAGUUUUGAUGAACAGUAAUAAAGAAGGUCGCCUCAAUAGAAGCAUGAACCCGGAUGCAAUCACUCUUCAGUAUACUACGACUGGGUGGAUCAUGUACAACUCUUGCAUUUCGGCUCUCGUCUUUGGCGCCAGGCCCAUUCUAUAUGACGGAAGUCCCUUCCAACCAGAUCCGACGAUCCUAGUCAAACUCCUUGAGAAGCACAAGGCCACGCACUUUGGUACAUCACCUCGCUGGAUGCAUGAAAUGAGAAAGAACAAACUCAGUCCACGAAAGAUUGCGGACCUCCACAGAUUAAAAAAUGUCACUAGUACCGGCAUGGUUCUCUCCGACUCUCUCUUCGAAUGGUUUUAUGACGAAGGUUUUGAGCCUCACACUCUUCUCGCUAAUAUCUCAGGAGGCACAGAUUUAGCCGCAUGUUUGGGCUUGGAAAAUCCCAUCUCGCCUCUGUACGUUGGGGGGUGUCAAGGCCCUAGUUUGGGUAUGCCUGUCGCUGCUUAUGAACAAGUUGACGAAGAGGCUGGCCAAGCGAAGGGUUCGGAAGCUGCACCUGGCGAGCCCGGGGAGAUCGUGGUGACUGCCCCAUUCCCGAGUAUGCCGGUCAGGUUCUGGAGCGAUGAAGGGGGGAAGAAGUACUUCAAUGCGUACUUUGCCCGCUACGACAAUGUCUGGACCCAGGGUGACUUUAUCGCCGUUAAUCCCAAUUCUCGCCAAAUCCUCUUCCUCGGGCGAUCCGAUGGUGUCUUAAACCCCUCCGGCGUUCGGUUCGGUUCUGCAGAGAUCUACAACGUUAUCGACACUCAAUUCGCCAGAGAAAUUGUUGAUUCCGUCUGCGUUGGACAGCGUCGGCCCAAAGAUGCAGAUGAAUCGGUGAUCUUGUUUCUUCUCAUGCGACCGGGCUUCAAGGUUGAUCAGCAGCUGGUGACCCGCGUUAAAGAUGCUAUUCGCAAAUCGCUCAGUGCUCGCCACGUCCCAAAGUAUAUUUUUGAGACUCCCGCUAUUCCAGUCACCGUCAACUUGAAAAAGGUUGAGCUUCCAGUGAAGCAGAUUGUUUCUGGCAAGAAGAUCAAACCGUCUGGUACACUUUUGAACCCGGAGAGCCUAGAUUUCUACUAUCAAUUUGCAGAAGUGGAAAAGCUGGUCCCACCUCAAGCGAAGCUUUAG